AUGGAGGAGCCUGUAGAAGACUUUAUAGCGGAGGAGGAGGCGGCGGAGGGAGGGGGGAAGGGGAGGGUGUCGACGAGUGAAGUGACUCCCAAGGGAACGCCCGUCUACGUGCACAGCUCUCAGAGUAAGACGGCUGCUCUUUACAGUCGACUUACCCACUGUCUCUUCGACUUAUUGUCACACUCACUGCUCUUCCCGUCUACGUGCACAGCUCUCAGAGACGGUCGCUCUUCCCGCGCUUACCGCUCUUCCCGCGCUUACCGCUCGCGCUCUUCUUCCCCUCCAUCCGCCCCUCCAUCCGUCCCUCAUCUAUUCUCCGCAUCUCUCCCCGCCUCGCUCCCUCUCGGUCGCAUUUCAUGCCUUCGUCCUCCUCCCUUUGUUCUCGCCCUCUCCUUUCCUCCUCUCGUCUUCCCUCCCAUCCCCCCCCCGCCAGUCGCGCCGAUGAUGGAGCUCAAGGCGGUGUGGGGCAAGACUGCUGAUUGGUCCACGUGGGUCGCGACGAAUUCUCCCUCCAACUCUCUGCCCCUACCUCCCCUCUCCCCCCCCUUCCUUCCCUCCCUUCCCCCCCCCCCUCCCCCCCCUCCCCCCCUCCCCCCGUCCGCCAGUCGCGCCGAUGAUGGAGCUCAAGGCCGUGUGGGGAAAGACAGCGGAUCUGUCCACUUGGGUGGCGACCAAUCCGUGCGCCACGUGGCAGCUCGUGCAGUGCUGGACGAACGGCUACAUCCGUCGCAUGGAGAUGAGUUACCAGGAGCUCUUCGCCACGCUGCCCUCCGCCAUCGGCGCGCUUACCCAGAUGGAGGAAUUGUGAGUCCCGCUUCUGAGUCGACUCAAAACUUCGCGGUGAAGAAUUGGAUCUAUGGCGACAUACCCAACUCCUUCAGCAACCUCGUCAAACUCAAGAACCUGCAGCUGUAUCAGAACUUUCUCAACGGCACCAUCCCAGCUUCCAUGGGCCGCAUGACCAGCCUGUAUCAGCUGCAUCUGAACCUCAACUACCUCACGGGAGGCAUACCAGACACCUUCUCCAACCUCGUCAACAUGCAGAAAUUCUAUGUACCCAGCAAUCUGCUCAACUCCACUUUCCCCACUGUAGUCUGCACCAUGACCAACCUGCGCCAGCUGCGCCUGAGCGCCAAUCGCUUCACAGGGCCCGUGUCAAGCUGCCUCGGCCGGCUCAAGAACCUCAACUACAUGUACAUCGACACGAACAAGUUUGACGGCGUGCUGCCAUCCAGCAUCGGCACCAUCAUGCCGCUCACCAACCUGUACGUGGGGGUUCUGGGCAUGUGCACAUGGGCAUGUGCUGUACGGGGGGGGUGCAUGUUUACGCACGUGGGGCACUCACCAACCUGUACGUGGGGGGUUUCGGGCUUCACCUCCCACCAUGCCUCCCACCAUGCCUCCCACCAUGCCUCCCACCAUGCCUCCUUCCCACCAUGCCUCCCACCAUGCCUCCCACCAUGCCUCCCACCAUGCCUCCCACCAUGCCUCCUUCCCACCAUGCCUCCUUCCCACCAUGCCUCCCACCAUGCCUCCCACCAUGCCUCCUUCCCACCAUGCCUCCUUCCCACCAUGCCUCCCACCAUGCCUCCCACCAUGCCUCCUUCCCACCAUGCCUCCUUCCCACCAUGCCUCCCACCAUGCCUCCCACCAUGCCUCCUUCCCACCAUGCCUAUCACCAUGCCUCCCACCAUCCGCUCCCCUUCUCACUCUCUCUCCACCUCUCUCCCCCCUUCUCGCCCCUCUCUUCCCCAACUUUUCCCUCCCUCCGUGCAGCUUCAUCAAUCAGAACAGCUUCAUCGGUCCACUCCCCAUCACCCUCACGCGUCUCACCAACCUCAACAUCCUGUGAGCCCCACCUCAACAUCCUCCCCACCCCGCCUACCCGUCUCAGCCCCACCCCGCCUACCCGUCUCAGCCCCACCCCGCCUACCCGUCUCAGCCCCACCCCGCCUACCCGUCUCAGCCCCACCCCGCCUACCCGUCUCAGCCCCACCCCGCCUACCCGUCUCAGCCCCACCCCGCCUACCCGUCUCAGCCCCACCCCGCCUACCCGUCUCAGCCCCACCCCGCCUACCCGUCUCAGCCCCACCCCGCCUACCCGUCUCAGCCCCACCCCGCCUACCCGUCUCAGCCCCACCCCGCCUACCCGUCUCAGCCCCACCCCGCCUACCCGUCUCAGCCCCACCCGCCUACCCGUCUCAGCCCCACCCCGCCUACCCGUCUCAGCCCCAUCCCGCCUACCCGUCUCAGCCCCACCCCGCCUACCCGUCUCAGCCCCAUCCCGCCUACCCGUCUCAGCCCCACCCCGCCUACCCGUCUCAGCCCCACCCCGCCUACCCGUCUCAGCCCCAUCCCGCCUACCCGUCUCAGCCCCACCCCGCCUACCCGUCUCAGCCCCAUCCCGCCUACCCGUCUCAGCCCCACCCCGCCUACCCGUCUCAGCCCCACCCCGCCUACCCGUCUCAGCCCCACCCCGCCUACCCGUCUCAGCCCCACCCCGCCUACCCGUCUCAGCCCCACCCCGCCUACCCGUCUCAGCCCCACCCCGCCUACCCGUCUCAGCCCCACCCCGCCUACCCGUCUCAGCCCCACCCCGCCUACCCGUCUCAGCCCCACCCCGCCUACCCGUCUCAGCCCCAUCCCGCCUACCCGUCUCAGCCCCACCCCGCCUACCCGUCUCAGCCCCAUCCCGCCUACCCGUCUCAGCCCCACCCCGCCUACCCGUCUCAGCCCCACCCCGCCUACCCGUCUCAGCCCCACCCCGCCUACCCGUCUCAGCCCCACCCCGCCUACCCGUCUCAGCCCCACCCCGCCUACCCGUCUCAGCCCCACCCCGCCUACCCGUCUCAGCCCCACCCCGCCUACCCGUCUCAGCCCCACCCCGCCUACCCGUCUCAGCCCCACCCCGCCUACCCGUCUCUGCCCAACCUCUCAGCCCCACCCCGCCUAUCCGUCUCUGCCCAACCUCUCAGCCCCACCCCGCCUACCCGUCUCUGCCCAACCUCUCAGCCCCACCCCGCCUACCCGUCUCUGCCCAACCUCUCAGCCCCACCCCGCCUACCCGUCUCUGCCCAACCUCUCAGCCCCACCCCGCCUACCCGUCUCUGCCCAACCUCUCAGCCCCACCCCGCCUACCCGUCUCUGCCCAACCUCUCAGCCCCACCCCGCCUACCCGUCUCUGCCCAACCUCUCAGCCCCACCCCGCCUACCCGUCUCUGCCCAACCUCUCAGCCCCACCCCGCCUACCCGUCUCUGCCCAACCUCUCAGCCCCACCCCGCCUACCCGUCUCUGCCCAACCUCUCAGCCCCACCCCGCCUACCCGUCUCUGCCCAACCUCUCAGCCCCACCCCGCCUACCCGUCUCUGCCCAACCUCUCAGCCCCACCCCGCCUACCCGUCUCUGCCCAACCUCUCAGCCCCACCCACCUCUGCCCAUCCUCUCAGCCCCCACCUCCCUCUUCCCAUCCUCUUAUCUCUGCUCGCGUCUCCCCGUUCACGUGUUUCCUCUUCAUAAGCAGCAACCCCUAUCUGCAAAGCACUCUGCCGGCCAACCUGGGCAACAUGAAGAGCCUUACCGACCUGGUGUCUGAGUUUGCCCCUCUCAACGGCACCAUCCCUGCAACCAUCUCCAAGCUCACCAAACUCUCACGCAUUCUGUUGGACAACGGUCAGCUCACGGGCACCAUCCCGGACGGCAUCAGCCGUCUCAAAGAGCUCACCGUGCUGUGA